CCAAAGCAGUGAUUUUUCCCAAUAAAAAUGCAACAGGAGAAAUUCAAAGCUUGCUUGGAUCAACUGACAUCUUUAGAAAUGAAGACACUGAAAUUUUAUCUAAAGCAUAAACAGAUGAAUGUGAAUAUGCUGGAAAAUGUAAACGCUUCUUUUGAACUGGCCGAUCAAUUGGUGCAGCAUUUCACAUCCAAUGCUCAAGAUGUACUCGUAGAAAUAUUUCGCAAAUUGCCCCGCAAUGACCUGGCUAAUAAACUGCAGAAAGAGGACAGCAUGAACACAGAGCUUCCAGAAGGGAAGAAGAACAAAAGGAAGGCUGAAAACAGAACUGAUUUGGAUCGCUAUGACAUGAGCAACAAACGUAUUGCUUUCAUGAUGUGUGUGACAGAAGACAGGUUGGGUGCGGGAAAUGAUAUUAUGGUAGUGAGAGAAAUGGCUGCAAAGUUUGGCUUCACUCUAGAAGAAUGCAUAAAUCCUACUGGAGAUAAGAUAACAGAAAGUGUAAUAGAAUUCCGGGACAGUAUCAAUAAAUUCGCUGAAGAUGUUAGCUGUUGCCUUGUUGUCCUUAUGUCCCAUGGAAAUGGAAGUGGGCAGAUUUUGGGGAGAGACAUGAAACCAGUCAGUGUUGAAAAAAUAUUUGAAUAUUUCAACAACAUAGAAUGCCCAAAGCUCCAGAAAAAGCCUAAAAUAUUUAUAAUUCAAGCCUGCAGAGGAAAGGAAAGAGAUUUUGGAGUCAAAGCAGACAGUGAGCCUAUGGAUGAUAGUAAUGAUGAUGACUUUGCAAGCUCAAGGAAGUUGCCCACCGCCAGUGAUUACUAUAUCAUUUACUCAUCUCAGAAAGGAUACAUAUCUCUUCGUUGCCAAGAUACUGGAUCACCAAUGAUCACAACCAUGAAGAAAGUAAUUUCAGAGCAUGGCUUGGAGUGGCACAUUGGCGAUAUUUUUACUAAGGUGAACAGCAAAUUGGUGGAACGAGACUUCAAAAUGAAACAUGAAGAAAAUGCUGUGAAAGUAACCAUGGUAAUGGAGUCCACUCUUACCAAAGCUGUAUACCUUGCAUCACCUGAUCAGUGAAUAGAUCCAGAGGAGUUAGCCGUGUAGCAAAUAGUAAAAAGCUGUGGCUCUCGAAAGCUUAUGCUACAAUAAAGUUGGUUAGUCCUAAAGGUGCUACUGGACUCUUUGCUAUUUUGAUCAGUGAAUAACAUCCCUGAAAGCAAUCUUCAAGUGCCUGAGGUAGUAUAUUGUGGCCUGAGGCAGACACUUUUAGCUAAAUUCAGCGAAUGAGAAUAGCUUUGCAACACAGUUGUACUUUGCUCAGAAUUCUGCUUUGUGCUUUGCUUAAAAUGGAAAAUCAAAUGAGAGAUGUUAUGGUAGAAAGUUUUUUUUAUUAGAAAAUAUUCAGUGGUUAAGGUAGGAGCCCACCUAAAUUACCCAGCAAUUAAUCAGAAUAGCGUGAACUGAAGGAGGCAAUUGCGGCUUGGUGAAGGCCAAAAUUGGCAAGUUCAUGACCCUUUGACUCAGAUGACUCUGGAAGACGAGUUUGGCUUAACAUGGACAGUUAUUGUGGUUUUAGCAUCCUAUAAUUUCAUUUAAUAGAAAAGGCAAUCAGUGCCACCAAACAGUUGCCACCCCUCUUAAAUAAAAUCACAAGUGUCUACAGUAAUAUAAGAUUUGCAUCACUUUAUGGUGGGGCUGAGGCAGAGUGGCAAAGCAUCUGCUUUGCAAGCAGAAGGUCGCCAUUUCAAUCCCUGGCAUUGCAUUUAGAAAGACAAGGUAGUAGGUGAUACGGAAGACACAGGAGAGCCACCGCCAGUCACAGCAAGCAAUACUGACAUUGAUAGAUCAUUAGUUUUAUUCACUACAAGGCAGCUAAAUUGCUAGAGAGAAUCUUUUUUAGUACCUUAAGCUGAACUCUUUUAAGUUCUUAAUUGCUGGUAUAAAGUCUUAGUUUAGUCUGUUGGCUGAUAACUGAGCCUUUAAACUA